AUGGGCGACGACAGAGUGGCAACCGCGACUGGUUCGACGCGCUCCAUCACGUCAGCCGCAAACCCUGUCGCACCCAACCUCAAGCCUGGGCAACCAACCUCGGCCAUGAACCUGGAUCACAGCGGGCAGCAAGCUGAGCCAAACCUGGUAACAUGGAACGGCCCAGACGAUCCAGAACAUCCAAAGAACUGGACAGCGAGCCGGAAAUGGCUGUCAAUCGUCCCGGUGUCGCUGUUCAACUUCCUGGCCUCGGUCAGUUCCUCUACCAUGGCCCCCGCGCUGGGCACCAUCGGCCGCGAACUGCACUUCCAGUCCACCACUCUCCUCAUACUGUCACUAUCAGUGUUUCUGCUGGGUACUGCUGUCGUGCCACUGUUCACGGCUCCGCUAUCUGAGAUCGGAAGUGGUGUCAAUGCCGAUCUCUUCCGGCCCCACGAGAGAGGCAAGGCCAUCGCGGUCUAUGUCAUGGCGCCCCUCCUUGGAGGUCUCGUGGGACCCAUCGCAGGUGGUUUCCUCGAUCAAUACGUAUCGUGGCCGUGGUGCUUCUACGUUAUUUCGAUUGCUGGUGGGGCAGUCCAGGUCCUUGGGCUUCCCUUCUUCCACGAGACCUACGCCCCUGUUCUCCUCCAGAGGAAAUGCAAGCGUUUGAAAAAGACCACCAAUAAUCCAGACCUGUACACUGAGCACGACAGUGUCUCCCUUCAAACGCUUCUGCGCACAAGUGCGAUCAGACCGUUCAAGCUGUUGGCAACUCAACCUAUUGUGCAGGUUUGGAGUUUGUACUGUGCAUAUAUCUGGGGUAUUUUGUACCUCAUCAUUGCUACGUAUCCAGAAGUUUGGACCGGAAUCUACGGGGAAUCCAUCGCCAUCGGGUCACUCAACUACAUCUCCCAGUUCGUGGGCAUGGGAUUGGCCUCACAACUUGGGACUCGCCUUGCCGAUGAGUACUACAACAAGAAGUGCGCAGGGAAUGGGGGACAGGGACUCCCUGAAUUCCGUCUUCCUGUCCUUACUCUGGGAGCUUGUAUAGUGCCCAUUGGUUUGUUCAUUUACGGAUGGACUGCGAGGGCUAGUAUCCACUGGAUUGUGCCAAAUAUUGGCUCGGCUUUAUUCGCAGGCGGCACCUGUCUUGAAAUCCUCUGCGUGAUGGGUUACAUGAUCGACACCUAUCCAAAAUACGCAGCAAGCGCCAUGGCAUCCGUUCUCGUCCUUCGAAGCAUUUUGGCUUUUGCCUUGCCUCUCGUUGCCUCCCCGCUGUAA